AGGGGCUGUGAUGUCAGCGGGGAGGCUCGCUUACCUCCCUGACCGGGGCAGAAGGCACUGCGGGGCUGCCGGAGAGGGCGUCCGGGACUGGCGGCGCCAGGAGCUCAGAAUGUCUUCCUGAACCCUGAUUCCCAUCUCAAAUUACUCUUGGACCAUUGGAAUCUCCUCAGCAGAACAUCACUGACCAGGGAGGGAGACCAGGAAAAGUCUGAGGGAGAUGAUGGCUGGGAAGUCGGGGAAGAGGAUGGCCUCCUCCAUCUUCAUCACCCUGACUCCGCCUCGCCGGGACACAGCCGUGGUAGACGAGGUGAGGCAGGCGGCCUGUUCCAGUCGGGCCAGUCGGGCCCGGGAGCCCACCUCGGCCAAGAAGCCCACCAGCGACUUUCUAGUGAGCAGACAGGACCUGGGGGGCCCCAGCAUUCUGGUGCCACCUCCCCCACCGGUUCUUCUACCUAAUGGAGGUUCAUCCCUCCCUCCACCAGCCCCAGAUGCUGAGGACAGCUUUCCAGAUCUGGAUCUCCUCCCUCCUCCGCCACCCCCUCCAGCCUUCCUGCUCCCACCAGAUGAGGAGGGUCUCACCCAGGGAGGGGAUUUGCUCUCAGAAGACCUACAGCAGCUGCAUGUGGUCCCUCCACCGCCCCCCCUCCAGGCCCUCCCUGAGCCCCGUCAGCUCAAGCCCCGGCGCAACCACCUCGAGCAAGUACAGGAAGAGUUGCCACGACCCCCUGAGGAACCAGACCAAGUCCCAGGGAGGGAGGAGUCCACAGACAUCUGUGCCUUCUGCCACAAGGUAGUGUCCCCCCGAGAGCUGGCUGUGGAGGCCAUGAAGAGACAGUACCACGCCCAGUGUUUCACGUGCCGGGCCUGCCACCGACAAUUGGCAGGCCAGCGCUUCUACCAGAAGGAUGGACGGCCCCUCUGUGAGUCCUGUUAUCAAAACACUCUAGAGAAGUGUGGCCGGUGCCAGGCUGUGGUCCUAGAUCAUGUCAUCCGAGCUCUGGGCCAGACCUUUCACCCAGACUGCUUCACCUGCGUGGUGUGCUCCAGGCGCAUUGGGGAUGAGAGCUUUGCCUUGGAUGAGCAGAAAGAAGUCUACUGUUUGGAUGACUUCUACAGGAAAUUUGCCCCUGUAUGCAGCAUUUGUGAGAAGCCAAUCAUCCCCAGAGACGGGAAGGAUGCAUUCAAAAUUGAAUGCAUGGGACGGAAUUUCCAUGAAAAUUGCUACAGGUGUGAGGACUGCAGGAUCCCACUGUCUGUUGAGCCCACAGACCAAGGCUGCUACCCACUAAAUGAUCGUCUCUUCUGCAAACCAUGCCACGUCAAGCGCAGUGCGGCAGGAUGUUGCUAAAGGUGCUAUGUGGGCACCUGGCCCCAGUCUCAGAGAAAUGAGCAUUUGUGAUGGCUCCUGCCCGGCAGCCCUUCCUAUGUCUUUGAUAACCUCAGUUUCCCUUCUUCACCUACUGUUGAAGAAGCUAUCUUAAGCCCCUGGGAGAUGCCCGCCUGCGGCAAUACCAGAGAUAUCUGAAGAGAGUGAUGGGAACUCCCCUCUGCUCUUCAACUUUUGUCUCCAGCUUGAGAAAAAGCAGCACGGUAUCAGUGAAUCAUCAAUAAAAAUGUGUUAAGUGCCUGCUAUGCCAGGAACUGUGCUAAGCACUGGGGAUACAAAGAGAGGCAAAAGACAGGUCCUGCCCUUGAGGACUCACAAUCUAAUUGGAAGAAUCCUGGACUUGGAGAUCAGGGACCUGGGGUCAAACUCCAGCUCUGGCAUUUAGCUAUGUGACUAUGGACAAAUCCCUUCAUCUCUCUGGCCCUUAGCGUCCUCGUCUGUCAAAUGAAGGGUUUGGACAAAAUUCUAUCUAAAAUCCCUCCUGGAUCUAAAAAGAAAGAACUUCCCUCUUCCUCCAGGGUGAUGCUGCUCAAGGCAUGAGGAGGACCAUGUAUUCACAUCCCCUGCAGAUUUUUGUUCUAUGCCUCCCUCCUCUCCUUCCCACCCUGGAGUGAGGGAUAGCUUCUCCAUGAGAGCUUGGUUGCCCCAAUCAAUUAUGGAAGGAAGGAAGAGAAGAAGGGAAGGAGGGAAGGAGAGAGGGAGGAAGGAAAGAAGGGA